UAUUCUCGGCCCGCUCCCCUCUCUAUAGGCUCUGCUCUCUGUCGGACUUGUGGAGAUGGCGGCGGCGACGGCGGGUGUGGUGGAGGAGCUCACGAGGGUGUACCGGGAGCUGCCGCCGCGGCCGGCGGUGGAGGAGGUGGAGGCGGCGGCGGCGGUUCUGGCCUCGGCCGACGCGGAGGAAGAGGCGCGCCUGGCGGACGUCGCGCGGGAGGAGGCGGCGCGGCUGCGGGAGGCGGAGGGGGUGUCCGGGGAGCUCCUCGCCGUGCUGCGCGAGGCCAGGCGCGCCGCGGUGCGGCUGCGCGCGCUGCAGCAGCGGAAGGAGGCCGCGCACGUUGUCGAGCUCGAGAGGCGCUUCAAGGUGCUCGACGGCCUCAUCCAGAGGGCGUCGCGGGUCGUGUCCCCUUCCGGCGAAGGUAGCAGCGGCGGCGGUGGUGGUGUGGAGAUGGCGGAGGUCGUGGAGGAGAUGGAUGCUAGGCGUAGCGCCGUCGCGGCGGCGGCGUCCGCGGUCGGGGAGAUAGAGCGCGGAAACAGGGGUGUCGGCUUCGGCUUGGACACCAAGGCCGUUUCGUCCCUGCUUCGCGAUGGUUCUACAGGCAGUGACAUGGUGGACCAGAAAUUGAGCCUUAUCCAAGUGGCAAGCCUCAUAGAGUCAUCAGCAAAGAGAGGGACCACGGAGCUCAAUCUCCGAGGGAAGCUGGUAGACCAAAUCGAGUGGCUCCCUGUCUCACUUGGGAAGUUGCAAGAUGUUACUGAGCUUGAUAUAUCUGAGAACAGGAUCAUGGCACUCCCAUCAACAGUUGGUAGCCUUAGAUACUUGACAAAGCUUGACAUCCACUCAAACCAGUUGAUCAAUCUGCCUGAUACAUUUGGGGAACUAUCUAGCUUAAUUGAUCUUGAUUUGCACGCAAACCAGCUGAAGUCUCUUCCGGCAUCAUUUGGAAAUCUCACAAGCCUAGCAAACCUUGACCUGAGCUCGAAUCAGUUCAAGAUACUGCCAGACUGUAUAGGAAAAUUAAUGAACUUGAGAAGAUUAAUAGCUGAGACGAAUGAGCUUGAGGAGCUACCCUAUACUAUAGGGUCUUGCAUAUCUCUUGUGGAACUUAGAUUGGACUUCAAUCAGUUAAAAGCCCUUCCAGAAGGUAUUGGGAAGUUGGAAAAGCUAGAAAUUCUCACAUUGCACUACAACAGAAUCAAAGGCCUGCCUACAACAAUUGGUUCGCUUACCAGACUGAGAGAGCUGGAUGUCAGUUUCAAUGAAGUUGAAGGAAUCCCUGAGAGCAUUUGCUUUGCGACUAGCCUUGUGAAGUUAAAUGUCAGCAGGAACUUUGCUGAUUUAAGAGCACUGCCAAGAUCAAUAGGAAAUCUUGAGAUGCUUGAGGAGUUGGACAUCAGCAGCAACCAGAUAAGAAUGCUGCCAGAUUCAUUCGAGUUCCUUGCAAAGCUUCGUGUAUUUCAUGCUGACGAGACUCCACUAGAAGUACCACCAAGAGAAGUUAUCAAGUUAGGGGCUCAGGCGGUGGUCCAGUAUGUGGCUGAUAUGGUUGCUUCAAGAGGAGCAAGCCAGAAGAAAACAGAGGGGACAAGCUUCUGGGCCUGGUUCCGCUCAUUGUUUGGUUGCUGCAAAAAAGAUGAAGAACUGGGAUUGGUUCCAGCUUAAGCUGAAGCAUUUCGUCUGUAUGUAUGUAUCAUCAUGCUUUGUUCAUGUCCCAGGUCAGCAAUGAAAGGAAGGUUGCCCUUCAUGUUGAUUCUUUGCAUUCUUCCUACGUUUGUGGUUUGUGUGUGUAUGUGUAGUUUUCUUGUAAAGGUUCAUCUCUAGUUCUUUCUUCAAGAACUAGUCAUAUUCACUUGUGUGUGUAACUCCACCUGUAUUAUGAGAUAGCAUAUGACCCUCAAUUACAUUAAACAUGUCUAUCUGAAAUUUAUAUGCGAUCUGUCUUAAGUACUA